CGGCUAAACCCUAACUUGUCGCCGGGAUUUCGAUUAACAUAAUUCUGUUUCACUAAAAAAGACUCAGAAGAAAAAAGAAAAAGAACAGUAGUGAGAGAAAGUAAGAGCGAGUCUGUGGUUGACAAAACUCUUUUGCUCUCGCAGAGAAAAGAUAACUUAUUUUUUUUUCUUUAAAAUAUUUGGAAACAAAAGAGACUCUGUCUGAAGAAAGCUAAAGACUUGUGAUGAUUCUUGACAAAAGAAACUGUGUCUUUGGAGAACUCUGAAGUAAGAGAGACAGAGAAAGACAAAGAGAGAGACAUGGUGGGCUCAGGAGUUGGAGGAGGAGAUAGAAGCAAAGAUGCUGUAGGAAUGAUGGCACUUCAUGAAGCACUUAGAAGCGUCUGUUUUAACUCCGACUGGAUUUACUCUGUCUUCUGGACCAUUCGUCCCCGACCGAGGGUCCGUGGUGGUAAUGGCUGCAAGAUUGGUGAUGAAAGUGGCAGCUUGAUGUUGAUGUGGGAAGAUGGGUUUUGUGGUGGAGGAAGAAGUGAAGAUCUUUGUCUGGAAACAGACAUUGAAGGUCAUGAAGAAGAUCUUGUCAGAAAAGCUUUCAGCAAGAUGUCCAUUCAGUUAUAUAAUUAUGGAGAAGGGUGGGUACUGGGUAGGUGUUAUAUAUAAGUAAUUAUGGACCAAAAGAUAAUUAGAUUAUAUAAACACACCCUAAUCACUUAACUUAUGAUUAAAGAUAUAAUUAUUUACAACACAAGUUAUUAUGAUCUUGUGAUGUUCAUGUGAUAUAUCUGCAGAUUGAUGGGUAAAGUUGCUUCUGAUAAAUGUCACAAGUGGGUUUUCAAAGAACCAUCUGAAUCUGAACCAAAUCUUGCUAAUUACUGGCAAAGUUCUUUUGAUGCUCUUCCUCCAGAAUGGACCGACCAAUUCGAAUCAGGCAUUCAGACAAUUGCUGUGAUUCAAGCUGGACAUGGUCUGUUACAGCUAGGUUCUUGCAAGAUUAUUCCAGAAGAUCUUCAUUUUGUGCUAAGGAUGAGGCAAAUGUUUGAAUCAAUUGGUUACAGAUCAGGUUUUUACCUCUCACAGCUCUUCUCUUCAAACCGAACCGCGACUCCAUCUUCUUCCACGGUUCCAAACCAGAUACCUCAGUCUCAAGGUUUUAACUGGGGAUCACACUCACCUUUGUUACCUUCCCCUAGCUUUCAGAACCAACUACCUGCUUCAGCUAGAUUCGGUUUCCUUCAAGAUAACAAUGUUCCUCCUCAGAUGCUUCCUCCAAUGGAAGAGCAUGAAGACGACAUCAAAUGGCCUAAUGGUUUGUCGUUGUUCAAUGCGUUGACUGGACGUGCAGAUGAAGCUAGUAGGCUUUUGUUUAACCAGGAGCAGAACCCGAUGAAUGUCGAAAACCAGAACGAGUUCUUGAACCUUGAAGGUCAUCAUCCUAACAAGUUUAGAAGAAGCUAUACAUUGCCAGCUCGAAUGGAUUCUUCGUCAUCAUCAACCUCGCUUGAUCAGCAACAACCACUGGAGUUUAGGAACAAUAACUCUGGAAGCAACUCGGGUUUGUUCCCUGACGUUAUGGAGACGUUUUUGAGGUGAUUGACAUGUUCAAGAUUCAGGUUUAAGGACAGAUUAAACUAAAAGCUCUCGAUGCUAGUUAUUAGCUUAUGCUUGUUAUAAAUACAUGAAACUCUCUGUUCGUUGUUUCUUCCUUCUUGUUGUUGUUGUUGUUAUUGUACCAUAUUGUCUGAUUGUUUCUCCUUUUAUGUCAACACUCUUUUAACAUUUGAAGAUACUUUAAAAACACGUUAUAGAUUUGGCUUUUAAGUCCU